CAGAGGACACUUUGCGUUCCACUUGCAGGCGUUGAAGAUGAAGCUGAGGUUGGUGACCUGGGACGUGAAGGACACGCUGCUCCGCAUGCGCCUGCCGGUAGGGCAGCAGUAUCAUUCUGUAGCCAAGAAGAGGGGUCUUCACGUGGACCCGGCUUCACUUGAACAGUCAUUCCGGCAGGCCUACAGAGCUCAUUCCCGUCUCUUCCCCAACUACGGGCUGACGCAGGGCAUGACCUCUCAGCAGUGGUGGUCGGACGUGGUAGGCCAGACCUUCCGGCUCUCUGGUGUCCGAGACGAGGGCUCCAUCCGGCUUGUAACAGAGAGGCUGUACGGAGAUUUCUCCACCUCCGGGAACUGGGAGGUCAUACCUGGGGCCAGGGAAGCCUUGCAGGGCUGCAGGGACCUGGGCCUCAGGUUGGCCGUGGUCUCCAACUUUGACCGGAGGUUAGAGGAGGUCCUGCGUCAGUGUAACCUACAUGGACAUUUCGAGUUUGUGCUGACGUCGGAGAGAGCUGGAAUCGCUAAACCUGACCCCGGGAUCUUCCGCAAGGCAUUAAGCCUGGCCAGGGUGGCAGCGUGCGAAGCUGCGCAUGUAGGAGAUGACUAUGUCAACGAUUACCGCGCUGCCAGGGAUGUGGGGAUGGAGAGCUACCUACUCCGGCCAGAGGGAAACCCCCGACUAGAGGAGCACAGGGUUCCUAACGAACAUUUAAUCCGCUCCCCCGACGAGCUUAUCCAGAGACUUCAAAACGCAACGGAAUAACCUACAAAAA